UGACUUCGGUCAACGUGGAAAAUAUAAAAGGAGUCGAAGACAUCUUUGUGAAAACUUCAAGUAAGAAAGGGUUGUGGUUGACAUUCGGCGACCAUGGAGUCGUCUUCUGAUGGAGGACCUAGUUCUCCAACUCCUCCAGAAGCCGCUGUGGUUGAUGUGAAGAAUUUUACGAAUUAUUUGCGUCGAAUUGUACCGCUUCUUCUCGAAGGUGACCCCGAGGUUCCUCUUGAGUUAGACACUUCUCUGAAAGACCCGCUGCACGUCGAUUACAUCAGGAAAUUCCUUGCUGAUGCGCAAACGAGAAGCCUUCUUGUCCAGCGAACGCCGCUGAAAGACGAAGAAGAAAGCGACGAAACCUCAUCGACAGAAAGUGGCGCUGAAAACGAGCGAGAAAAAGCGAUUUAUUCCAUCGAUUUAGAUGUUCAUUACACCGCGCCCAAACUCUCGAGUGUAGCGUUUAUCAAGCGAGGAGCGAUCGUAGAUGCCGACAAGAAGAUCACAUCGCAAAUUCGUGUGAUAAAUCUGAACGAAGGCUCCCCUUAUGAGACUUUGCACUCCUAUAUCAGCAACGCUGUGGCGCCAUAUUUCAAGUCGUUUGUCAGGAAAUCUGGAAAGGCAGACAGAGAUGGUGAUAAAAUGGUUCCUUCUGUGGAAAAGAAGAUCGCAGAGCUGGAAAUGGGAUUGCUUCAUCUGCAACAAAACAUUGACAUCCCCGAGAUUUCUCUGGCGAUUCAUCCUGUGGUGACAGCAAUGGUUAAGAAGUGUGCAGAAGAUGGACGGCGUCCUAAAGUACAAGAUUUUGGUGACAAAGUUGAGGAUUCAACCUUCUUGAAUCAGCUGCAGAAUGGUGUGAACAGAUGGAUCAGAGAAAUUCAAAAGGUUACCAAACUAGACCGUGAUCCAGCAUCUGGCACUGCUUUACAAGAGAUCAGCUUUUGGUUGAAUCUAGAGAGAGCCUUACUGAGGAUCCAAGACAUCAGAGAGAGUCCAGACAUUGCACUCACUCUAGACAUCUUAAAACAUGGAAAACGGUUUCAUGCUACUGUCAGCUUUGACACAGAUACAGGUUUAAAGCAAGCUUUGGCAACAGUGAAUGAUUACAACCCACUGAUGAAGGAUUUCCCCUUGGAUGACCUUCUGGCUGCCACAGAACUGGACAAGAUCCGUGCUGCACUGAGUGCCAUUUUCACUCAUUUGAAAAAGAUCCGUAGCACCAAGUAUCCAAUCCAAAGAGCCCUGCGCCUUGUGGAAGCCAUUUCCCGCGACUUGAGUUCACAGCUCCUGAAAGUUUUGGGUACCAGAAGAUUGAUGCACAUCACCCAUGAAGAAUUUGAAAAGAUCAUGAUCGCUUGUUUUGAAGUGUUCACAACCUGGGAUGAUGAAUAUGAAAAGCUUCAAACCUUGUUGCGAGACAUUGUGAAGAAGAAGAGAGAAGAAAACCUGAAGAUGGUGUGGAGGGUAAAUCCAGCUCACAAAAGACUUCAAGCAAGGCUUGACCAGAUGAGAAAAUUUCGCCGGCAGCAUGAACAACUACGGGCUGUCAUUGUCCGUGUUCUUCAGCCCCCAACUGUCAGCCAAGCCUCUCCACCCAGCCCUGGUGGUCCUCCAAAGACUGUCGAGGAUGAGGAGGUGAAGCCAGAAGCUCUGCUUGAUCCUGCUGAUGCUAACGCUAUUCAGGAAGUGAACCUUGCUUAUGAGAAUGUCAAGGAAGUUGAUGGACUUGAUGUGUCAAAAGAUGGCUCUGAGGCAUGGGAAGCAGCUAUUAAGAGGUAUGAUGAGCGCAUAGACAGAGUGGAGACUCGUAUCACAGCACGUCUACGAGACCAGCUCGGAACAGCUAAGAAUGCAAAUGAGAUGUUCAGGAUCUUCUCCAGGUUCAAUGCUCUGUUUGUGCGUCCACACAUCAGAGGUGCGAUCCGCGAAUACCAGACUCAGCUGAUCCAGAGGGUGAAGGAUGACAUUGAAGCGCUUCAUGACAAGUUCAAGAUCCAGUAUCCAUACAGCAAAGCCUGCAAGAUGAGUAAAGUUCGAGAUUUGCCUCCUGUAUCUGGCUCCAUCAUUUGGGCAAGACAGAUUGACCGUCAGCUAUCUGCAUACAUGAGGCGUGUGGAAGAUGUCCUUGGAAAAGGCUGGGAAAACCAUGUUGAAGGACAGAGGCUGAAGGCUGAUGGCGACAGCUUCAGGCAGAAAUUGAACACUCAGGAACUGUUUGAUGACUGGUCAAGAAAGGUUCAACAGCGAAAUCUUGGGGUUUCUGGACGAAUCUUCACCAUUGAAAGUACAAGAGCCAGGGGUGGUGGCAGAGGAAAUGUGUUGAAACUGAAAGUGAACUUCUUACCAGAAAUCAUCACACUCUCUAAAGAGGUUCGUAACCUAAAGUGGUUGGGUUUCCGAGUUCCAUUGGCAAUUGUAAACAAGGCACACCAAGCCAACCAGCUUUACCCAUUUGCCAUCUCACUUAUUGAAAGUGUGCGAACUUACGAGAGAACAUGUGAAAAGGUUGAAGAGAAGGGUUCUAUCUCACCUCUUGUUGCUGGUUUGCGAAAAGAUGUACAGGCUCUCGUUACAGAAGGUAUGGUUCUUGUUUGGGAAUCCUACAAGUUGGAUCCAUAUGUGCAGAAGCUAGCCGAGGCUGUGUUUAACUUCCAAGAAAAGGUUGAUGACUUGCUGAGUAGCGUUGAGAAGAUUGACAUUGAAGUGCGAUCCCUCGAGACUUGUUCCUACAACAGUCAUACAUUCAGGGAUGUUCUGGGUAAAGUUCAGAGAGCAGUGGAUGAGUUGAACCUUCAUUCCUACUCUAAUCUUCCUCAGUGGGUUGCGACUCUUGAUCUUCAGGUAAUACUGGAUGAACGACACUCGUCAGGUGGUCAGCAAUUUCUGGUUGUUGGUGCAGGCACAUUGCACCCCAUGGUAGUGAUGAUCAAAAUGGUUACUCUCUAUGUCAAACAUUUUUCUGUGCUUUGAUUCCAGGUUCAAUCUAAAGUCAACAUGAAGUACGACACAUGGCACAAGGAAAUCCUCAGCAAGUUUGCCUCACGCCUCGGAGAUAACAUGCAGGACUUUUAUGGCUCAGUCUCCAAGGCCCGUACUGAUAUGGAGCAGCAAACGAUUGAAGGAGCCUCGACAUCUGAUGCUGUUGGGUUCAUCACUGUUGUGCAGUCACUGAAGAGAAAGCUGAAGAACUGGGAGAAGAAUGUUGAGAUGUACAAAGAAGGCCAGCGUAUCUUGGAGCGACAGAGAUUUGCCUUCCCUCCAUCAUGGCUGUAUGUUGACAACAUUGAAGGAGAGUGGGGUGCAUUUAAUGACAUCCUGAAGAGAAAAGACUCCAGUAUUCAGACCCAGGUUGCCACUUUGCAAAUGAAGAUCAUCUCUGAGGACCAGGCAGUAGAAACACGCACUUCAGAGCUGCUGUUUGAAUGGGAGAAGGGCAAACCUGUUCAGGGCAGCACAAGACCUGAUGUAGCACUAAACAACUUGGCCAUUUUUGAGGGCAAGUUCUCCAGACUUAAGGAAGACAGAGACAAUGUCGCCAGGGCCAAGGAAGCUCUGGAACUGAUGGAACCAGGAACAUUGGUGGCUAGUGAUGAGCGAGUCCAGGUUGGUCUGGAAGAGUUACAAGACUUGAAGGGUGUGUGGUCUGAACUGGCGAAGGUUUGGGAGAAAGUGGAUGAGUUGAAGGAGAAACCAUGGCUUUCUGUUCAGCCUAGGAAGCUGCGUCAGUCACUUGAUGGUCUGUUGAAUGACAUGAAGAACCUUCCAGCUCGGCUCAAACAGUACUCUUCAUUUGAGUAUGUUCAGAAAACAAUCAAGACUUACUUGAAGGUUAACAUGCUGAUUGUUGAACUCAAGUCGGAAGCAUUGAAGGAGCGGCACUGGAAGACACUGAUGAGAAAGCUGCACGUCAACUGGGUGUUGAGUGAUUNGUGUUUAACCUUGGUGCAAACCUUUGUCUCUCUCCAGGUGGUCUUCAAGAAGCCUGUGUCAUUGAAGGAACAUCCCAAAGUGAAUGAAUGGCUGACAUGUGUCGAGUCUGAGAUGCGUACUACUCUGGCUACCUUACUGGCUGAGGCAGUGACUGAUGUACAACAGUUUAAUUCCGAGAGCAUUGAUGGGCAGCAGUACAUGAAGUGGGUUGAUGGAUUUCAGGCCCAACUUGUAGUUCUAGCUUCUCAGAUUGCAUGGUCAGAAAGCUGUGAAAACGCAUUGCAGACAAUCUCCUCAUCUUCCAACCAGAAAGACUUGGAGCCAAUGUUGAAGGUCCUCAGAGUUGUCGAAGCCACAUUGAACAUCCUGGCUGACUCUGUCCUGCAAGAACAGCCUCCAGUGAGACGACGCAAACUGGAACACUUGAUUAUUGAACAUGUUCAUCAACGUGAUGUGACACGCCAGCUGAUUGGUGCACAAGUCACAAGUACCAGGGCUUUUGAAUGGCUUAGUCAGAUGAGGUUUUACUUUGACCCGAAGCAGAAAGAUGUUCUUCAACAGCUGUCAAUCCACAUGGCCAAUGCCAAGUUUAAUUAUGGCUUUGAGUACCUUGGAGUUCAAGACAAGCUUGUCCAGACCCCGCUGACAGAUCGCUGUUAUCUUACCAUGACUCAAGCUUUGGAAGGAAGAUUAGGAGGGUCACCAUUUGGUCCUGCUGGCACAGGAAAGACAGAAUCAGUGAAAGCUCUUGGUCAUCAGCUGGGAAGAUUUGUGUUGGUCUUUAACUGUGAUGAGACAUUUGACUUCCAGGCCAUGGGCCGUAUCUUUGUAGGUCUCUGUCAGGUUGGUGCCUGGGGCUGCUUUGAUGAAUUCAACCGUUUGGAGGAGAGAAUGUUGUCAGCUGUGUCUCAACAAAUACAGACCAUUCAGCUGUCACUCAGAGAAGGCAGCAAUGACACAUCAGCAGCCAUUACCAUUGAGCUGGUUGGCAAGCAAGUGAGAGUGAGCCGUGACAUGGCAAUCUUCAUUACAAUGAAUCCAGGCUAUGCUGGAAGAUCCAACCUCCCAGACAACUUGAAGAAGUUGUUCCGUAGCUUGGCCAUGACUACUCCUGACAGGCAGCUCAUUGCACAGGUCAUGUUGUACUCACAGGGCUUCAGAACUGCAGAGAAACUGGCAACCAAGAUUGUUCCAUUCUUCAAACUUUGUGGAGAACAGCUUUCUAACCAGUCACAUUAUGACUUUGGUCUUCGUGCCCUGAAGAGUGUGCUGGUCAGUGCUGGUAAUGUCAAACGUGAGAAGAUUCAGAGGAUCAAAGAGAGUCUGACUGAAGAAGGGCAAGAGGCUGAUGAGGCAGCCAUCUCUGAGAGUCUAAACGAACAAGAGAUCUUGAUCCAGAGUGUUUAUGAGACAGUGGUGCCGAAACUUGUGGCAGAAGACAUCCCUCUUCUUCAAAGCUUGUUGUCAGAUGUCUUCCCUGGAGUGCGUUAUGUUGGUGCUGAGAUGAAGGGCCUCAAGGCUGAGAUUAAGAAAGUGUGCACAGAGAUGAACCUUGUAUAUGGAGAGGGAGAAGAACAAGGAAGUGCGUGGGUGGAGAAGAUCCUUCAGCUGUAUCAGAUCUCCCAGAUUCAUCACGGCCUGAUGAUGGUUGGACCCAGCGGCAGUGGCAAGUCCUCAGCCUGGCGCACACUGCUGAAAGCCUUAGAAAAUCUGGAGGGUGUCGAGGGUGUGGCACAUGUUGUUGACCCCAAGGCCAUCUCCAAGGAAGCCUUGUAUGGAACACUUGAUCCUAACACAAGGGAAUGGACUGAUGGAUUGUUUACACAUAUACUGAGAAAGAUCAUUGACAAUGUGCGAGGAGAGAUCAACAAGAGGCAGUGGAUCAUUUUUGAUGGUGAUGUUGAUCCAGAGUGGGUGGAGAACUUAAACAGUGUUCUGGAUGACAACAAGCUGUUGACUUUGCCAAAUGGUGAACGUCUAGGCAUUCCAUCCAAUGUGCGCAUCAUGUUUGAAGUGCAGGACCUACGCUUUGCAACUUUGGCAACUGUCAGCCGUUGUGGUAUGGUGUGGUUUAGUCAGGACGUCCUGUCAACUGAGAUGAUCUUUGACAACAACCUGUUCAUAAUGAAGAGAGUGCCAGUGGAAGAGGUUGAAGAGGAGACCAGACGCAUCAAACCUCAGGGACAGAAUGAAGAUGUUUUGUCACCUACAAUGCAGGUUCAGUGUGACUUUGUGGAUAUUAUCCAUGAGCAUUUCUCGUCAAAUGGUCUGGUUGUGAAGUGCCUGGAGUUUGCCUUCAAGCAGGAGCACAUCAUGGAUUUCACACGCAUGAGGGCACUGGAAUCAUUGUUCUCCAUGAUUCACCAAGGAAUCAGAAAUGUCCUUCAGUACAAUCAGCAACACCCUGACUUUCCAAUGGAGAGAGACCAGUUAGAACGUUAUAUCCCACGCUAUCUGAUCUUCUGCAUCUUGUGGGCAUUCUCUGGAGACUGCAAAUUGAAGACACGAGAAGACCUUGGAAGCUUCAUCAAGAGUAUCACCACAAUCCCCUUGCCAUCUAGUUCAACGUCAUCUAUUGUGGAUUAUGAGGUUACAAUCCAGGGUGAGUGGGUGCUGUGGCAGUCCAAGGUCCCACAGAUUGAAGUGGAAACUCACAAAGUGGCAGCACCAGACAUUGUAGUACCAACAGUAGACACUGUGCGACAUGAGGCGCUGUUGUACACCUGGCUGGCAGAGCACAAGCCAAUGGUACUCUGUGGCCCCCCUGGCAGUGGCAAGACUAUGACUCUCUUCAGUGCCUUGAGAGCUCUGCCUGAUAUGGAGGUUGUUGGCUUGAACUUCUCCAGUGCUACAUCUCCAGAGCUGCUCCUGAAGACAUUUGACCAUUACUGUGAGUACAGAAGAACUCCUAAUGGACUCGUCCUGGCUCCAGUACAGCUUGGAAAGUGGAUGGUGUUGUUCUGUGACGAGAUCAAUCUUCCGGACAUGGACAGCUAUGGUACCCAGCGAGUCAUUUCCUUCCUGAGGCAAAUCGUUGAGCAUGGUGGGUUCUACCGCACCACUGACCAGGCCUGGGUCACCAUCGAGAGGAUUCAGUUUGUUGGAGCUUGUAACCCUCCUACGGAUCCUGGCAGGAAACCAUUGUCACACAGGUUCCUACGUCAUGUACCAGUCAUCUAUGUUGACUACCCAGGUCCCACAUCUCUAACACAGAUCUAUGGAACAUUCAAUCGUGCAAUGUUGAGAAUUGUUCCACCACUGAGGAGCUAUGCACAGCCUUUGACAGAUGCCAUGGUCGAGUUCUACUCAAUGUCUCAGGAACGUUUCACCCAAGACAUGCAGCCACAUUACAUCUACAGUCCUCGUGAAAUGACUCGAUGGGUGAGAGGAAUCUGUGAAGCGUUGAAGCCUUUGGAGACUUUGUCAGUAGAGGGACUUGUUCGUCUCUGGGCGCAUGAAGCAUUGCGUCUCUUCCAGGACAGGCUGGUCGAAGAUGAUGAGCGUAAGUGGACAGAUGAGAACGUAAACAAUGUUGCUUUGAAACAUUUUCCCAACAUAGAUCGUAAUGCUGCUCUGGUGCGACCAAUCCUCUUCAGUAACUGGCUGUCUAAGGAUUACAUGCCUGUGGAACAGGAGGAGCUCAGAGACUUUGUGAAAGCCAGACUUAAGGUGUUUUAUGAGGAAGAGUUAGAUGUGCCAUUGGUGUUGUUCAAUGAAGUGCUCGACCAUGUUCUGAGAAUUGACAGAAUCUUUAGGCAGCCACAGGGUCACUUGUUGUUAAUUGGUGUGAGUGGAGCUGGUAAGACCACAUUGUCAAGAUUUGUGGCGUGGAUGAAUGGUCUAAGUGUUUUCCAAGUGAAGAUCCAUCGCAAGUAUUUGGCUGCAGACUUUGAUGAGGACUUACGAGCAGUCCUUAGACGUGCAGGCUGUAAGAAUGAAAAGAUUGUCUUCAUUUUGGAUGAAUCCAACAUUUUGGAGUCAAGCUUCUUGGAAAGAAUGAACACACUGCUGGCAAAUGGAGAGGUUCCAGGAUUGUUUGAAGGCGAUGAGUACACCACUCUGAUGACUCAGUGUAAGGAAGGUUCACAAAGAGAAGGACUUAUGCUCGACAGCAGCGAGGAGCUGUACAAAUGGUUCACACAGCAGGUCAUGAACAACUUGCACGUUGUUUUCACUAUGAAUCCGUCAUCAGAAGGUUUGAAGAGCCGAGCUGCUACUUCUCCAGCCUUGUUCAACAGAUGUGUUCUCAACUGGUUUGGAGAUUGGUCCACUGGUGCGCUGUAUCAAGUUGGCAAAGAGUUCACCAGCAAGAUUGACUUGGAGAAAUCAAAUUACACUCCACCAGACUACCUUCCCAAAGUCUAUGAAGACCUGCCCAUGCAUCCCAGCCACAGAGAAGCAGUCAUCAACGCAUUUGUGUAUGUUCACCAAACCCUGCACCAGGCCAACUCGAGGUUAGCUAAGAGAGGAGGUCGCGUGAUGGCCAUCACGCCUCGUCACUAUCUGGAUUUCAUUAACCACUACGUGAAAUUGUUUAACGAGAAGAGAUCUGACCUUGAAGAGCAACAGCUUCACUUGAAUGUUGGUUUGCAGAAGAUCCGUGAGACUGUAGACCAGGUUGAAGAGCUUCAAAAGAGUCUGUCACUCAAGAGUCAGGAACUGGAGGCAAAGAAUGCCCUUGCCAAUCAGAAACUCAAACAGAUGGUUAAAGACCAGCAAGAAGCAGAGAAGAAGAAAGUUGCAUCCAUGGAAAUUCAAGCUACGAUCGAGAAACAAACUAAGGAGAUAAAAGAGAAGCAAACCAGUGUGAUGGCAGAACUUGCCAAAGUAGAACCAGCCGUGCAGGAUGCAAAGAUGGCUGUUAAGUCGAUCAAGAAGCAGCAUCUUGUGGAGGUUCGUUCCAUGGGUAACCCUCCCCCUGCAGUCAAGCUUGCCUUGGAAUCCAUCUGUUUGUUGCUCGGAGAGCAGGCUACAGACUGGAGGACCAUUCGAGGUGUCAUCAUCAAGGACAACUUCAUUUCCACCAUUGUGAACUUCUCGACAGAGGACAUUUCAGAUGACAUCCGGAAAAUAAUGGUCAGCAAGUACCUCAGCAACCCUGACUACAACUUUGAGAAAGUGAACCGAGCCAGUUUGGCUUGUGGUCCUCUUGUGAAAUGGUCCAUUGCACAGAUCAGUUAUGCAGACAUGCUUACAAAGGUAGACCCAUUGAGGAAUGAACUAAAGAGCUUGGAGAUCGAAGCACAGGCCAGCAGAAUCAAGGCGGACGAAAUUAGCCAUGUUAUCGCUGAACUUGAGAAGAGUAUUGCACGCUACAAAGAGGAAUAUGCCGGGCUGAUCAGUCAGGCCCAGGCUAUCAAGGCCGACCUUGCCGCAGUUGAAGCUAAGGUGAGUCGCAGCACUGCUCUGUUGCGAAGUCUGUCAGUAGAGAGGCAGAGAUGGGAGACAGGCAGUAACGCCUUCCAAACACAGAUGGGUACUAUUGUGGGAGAUGUGCUUCUGUCAUCAGCCUUCCUGGCUUAUGCAGGGUACUUCGAUCAACAGCUUCGUCAGAAUCUCUUCACCUCCUGGGCAGCUCAUUUACAACAAGCAAACAUUCAGUUUAGACCUGAUAUUGCACGAGUAGAGUAUUUGUCCACUGCUGAUGAGCGACUCCAAUGGCAAGCCAACUGCUUACCAGCAGAUGAUCUGUGCACAGAGAAUGCCAUUAUGUUGAAGAGGUUCAACCGCUACCCUCUGAUCAUUGACCCGUCAGGACAAGCCACUGAGUUCUUGCUGAACGAGUACAAGGGAAGAAAGAUCAACAAAACAAGUUUCCUUGAUGAUGCCUUCCGUAAGAAUCUAGAGAGUGCUCUGAGGUUUGGCAACCCUCUUCUUGUUCAGGAUGUUGAAAGUUACGAUCCAAUCCUCAACCCUGUGUUAAACCGUGAGUUACGUCGCACUGGCGGUCGAGUUCUUAUUACUAUAGGAGACCAGGAUAUUGAUUUGUCACCGUCAUUUACCAUCUUCCUCUCCACAAGGGACCCUACGGUGGAGUUUGCUCCAGACCUGUGCAGUCGAGUGACGUUUGUAAACUUCACAGUGACUCGCAGCAGUCUACAGAGUCAGUGUUUGAAUCAAGUGCUGAAAGCUGAGAGACCUGAUGUGGAUAAAAAGAGAUCUGACCUUCUUAAGCUUCAAGGCGAAUUUCAUCUUCGCCUUCGCCAUCUUGAGAAGUCUUUGCUGCAAGCCUUGAAUGAUGCCAAAGGAAGAAUCCUUGAUGACGAUAGAAUCAUUGCAACUCUGGAAAAGCUCAAGGAAGAAGCGGCUGAGAUCACUCGUAAAGUAGAAGAGACGGAUGUGGUGAUGGCGGAGGUUGAAGCUGUAUCAGAUCAGUACGGAGCUCUGUCACACUACUGUAGCAGUAUCUACUUCACUAUGGAAGGACUGAACUUGGUUCACUUCCUGUACCAGUUCUCUCUGCAGUUUUUCCUGGAUAUAUUUCAGUGCGUGUUGUACGAGAAUCCCAAACUGAAAAACAUGAAAGAUCCACAGCAGAGGUUGAAAGUUUUGUCAAGCGACUUGUUCCAGGUCGUUUACAACAGAGUCGCCCGUGGCAUGAUGCACGAUGACAGAAUCACGUUUGCCAUGUUACUAUGCCGUAUUUAUCUACGUGGACUGCCUGGAGAGACUGAAUAUGAGGAUGAGUUUGAGAUGUUUUUGCGUGGAGGAGAAACUGUGCUGUCAGGAAAGCCACCGAAAAUUGACGGACUUGCACCUGAACAGGCCGCAGCCGUGGUUCGUUUGUCCAAGCUGCCUGCUUUUAAGGAGCUCCAAGCAUACAUGAAGUUCAACCGUAAGGAUUUCUUUGAGUGGCUGGAGUCGGGUAAACCUGAACGCAAUGUGCCGGCUUGCUGGGACUCUGAACUUUCUCUGUCAAACCAUGGCCAAGCCGUUCAUCAGUUGUUAGUGAUCCAAGCGUUACGUCCUGACCGAAUGUUGGCCAUGAGUCACAAAGUUGUGCAAACAAUCCUCGGCGAGAACUUCAUGCACGAUGCAGAGCAAGGACUGGACCUAGCAUCUGUUGUUGAAAAUGAGGUCAAGGCCUCUACGCCACUGUUGCUGUGUUCCGUGACAGGCUAUGAUGCAAGCGGAUGGGUGGAUGAUCUUGCUGCAGAACAGAACAAACAGUGCACUUCCAUUGCCAUCGGGUCUGCUGAGGGUUUCAGUCUUGCUGACAAAGCUAUCAACUCUGCUACCAAGUCUGGAAGGUGGGUUCUGCUAAAGAACGUUCAUCUGGCUCCUCAAUGGUUGGUAACUCUGGAGAAAAAACUGCACUCCUUGAACCCACACGCCAGCUUUAGGCUGUUCAUGACCAUGGAGAUUAAUCCAAAGCAAGUUCGUUCAAGUAGUGAGAGCUGUCUUUUGCUGUUUUCACAGGCCGCAGCCGUGGUUCGUUUGUCCAAGCUGCCUGCUUUUAAGGAGCUCCAAGCAUACAUGAAGUUCAACCGUAAGGAUUUCUUUGAGUGGCUGGAGUCGGGUAAACCUGAACGCAAUGUGCCGGCUUGCUGGGACUCUGAACUUUCUCUGUCAAACCAUGGCCAAGCCGUUCAUCAGUUGUUAGUGAUCCAAGCGUUACGUCCUGACCGAAUGUUGGCCAUGAGUCACAAAGUUGUGCAAACAAUCCUCGGCGAGAACUUCAUGCACGAUGCAGAGCAAGGACUGGACCUAGCAUCUGUUGUUGAAAAUGAGGUCAAGGCCUCUACGCCACUGUUGCUGUGUUCCGUGACAGGCUAUGAUGCAAGCGGAUGGGUGGAUGAUCUUGCUGCAGAACAGAACAAACAGUGCACUUCCAUUGCCAUCGGGUCUGCUGAGGGUUUCAGUCUUGCUGACAAAGCCAUCAACUCUGCUACCAAGUCUGGAAGGUGGGUUCUGCUAAAGAACGUUCAUCUGGCUCCUCAAUGGUUGGUAACUCUGGAGAAGAAACUGCACUCCUUGAACCCACACGCCAGCUUUAGGCUGUUCAUGACCAUGGAGAUUAAUCCAAAGGUUCCAGUGAAUUUACUGAGGGCUUCCCGAGUGUUUGUGUUCGAGCCUCCUCCGGGUGUGAAGGCUAAUCUGUUGCGAACCUUCAGCGCCGUACCUGCAGCAAGGAUGUGUAAGGCUCCCAGUGAGAGAGCUCGUCUGUAUUUCCUGUUAGCGUGGUUCCAUGCCAUUGUUCAAGAGCGUCUGCGUUAUGUUCCUCUUGGAUGGUCCAAGCGUUACGAGUUCAGUGAGUCAGAUUUGCGAGUCGCCUGUGACACACUUGACACCUGGCUGGAUUCUGUCGCUCAGGGCCGUACCAAUCUGCCUCCUAACAAAGUUCCAUGGGACGCCAUACAAACACUGUUGUCCCAGGCCAUCUAUGGUGGACGUAUUGACAACGAUUUUGAUCAGCGCCUCAUGACUUCCUUUGUGAAUCGCCUCUUCACUGUUAGUAGUUUUGAGUCAGACUUUCCGUUGGUUCUUGAUGUAGAUGGAGAAAUGGGCAAAAAGAUCGUCAUGCCAGAAGGAAUCAGGCGAGAACAAUUUCUGCAGUGGACUGAAGCUCUUCCUGAUGCCCAGUCUCCCUCAUGGCUCGGCCUGCCCAAUAAUGCAGAGAAAGUACUGCUCACCACGCAAGGACAAGACAUGGUUACUAAGCUACUUAAGAUGCAGAUGUUGAGUGAUGACGAUGAGCUGGCCUACUCCCCAGACUCCGCUAGCUUAGGCCAGCCUCUUGAAGUCGAGUUUCCACCAAUCAUGCAUGGGAUUCACGAUGAGCAAAAAAGACGAGAGAGUGAUCCCCGCCCAGCUUGGAUGAGGACCUUACAUACCACAGCUACUAACUGGCUCAGUAUGAUACCCAAAGACUUGACUCCAUUGAAGCGUACCUUGGACAACAUCAAGGAUCCACUUUUCCGCUACUUUGAACGCGAGGUUAACACUGGAUACCAGCUAUUGAACACCAUCCGAGAGGACCUCAAUCACAUAGUGCUCGUAUGUGAGAGCCAAAAGAAGCCCACCAACUAUCUUCGAAAUCUCAUGAGCGACUUGGUUAAGGGUAUCUUGCCGUCAAACUGGCGGCGUUACACCGUGCCAAAAGGCUUAACUGUUCUUCAGUGGGUUGCAGACUUCAGUGAUCGUGUUAAACAGCUGCAGAAGAUAUCACAUGCCGCUAAUACUGGUGGAGCCAAGGGUCUUAAGAAUCUGCAUAUCUGGUUGGGUGGCAUGUUCGUUCCUGAAGCGUACAUCACAGCCACUCGACAAUUCGUCGCUCAGGCAAACAACUGGUCUCUUGAAGAACUGGCUCUAGAGGUAACCAUCGCUAGUGGUCCAGAUGAUCGACUGACUAUUGAUGACUGUAGCUUUGGAAUAAAAGGUUUGAGGCUUCAGGGAGCCCGUUGCCAAGACAACAAGUUAGAACUGACAGCAACAAUUUCAACAGACCUCGCGCUGACCAGCCUUAAGUGGAUCAGAGUUGAAGUAGGAUCUGCUGAUCUUCAGGAGGGGAAGGUUACUCUUCCCGUGUAUCUCAACCAGACACGUACCGAGCUCCUAUUCACUCUUAACAUGGCAACCAGAGGUGAAGCCGCUGGUCGAGAACACCGCUUUUAUGAGCGAGGUGUGGCCUUCCUGGCGUCCUCUUUGAGUGGCUGAUAUCACGUGAUUAACACGUGAUUUGGCUCCGUUUUCCUUCCCCGAUUUCAAAUGAAGCAGAUUAGGUUGUUCUAGAAUUAAUCACAAGUGUUACAAACUGGUGUCAUACUUAGUUAGUGGACCUCAAUCGAAUUUAAUCUGGUACGCAACAACUUAUCGUCAGAAGUAUUGUCAAACGUUAUCUGUCCGUAGUUGGACAAUAAACGAAUCUUGGCAAAGGUCUGUUAGUUACCUACAAUAAGGCAUUCUUAGAAACAUUAGGUUAUGUUGUAAUACCGCAACUUUAGGUCUUAAUCGUCUUAAUGUUAUUGUUAACAGUAGAAAGCUGAAACCAUUUAGCAAGAUAAUAAAUAUGGGGCUAAUAUGGUGAAAUUA